AUGUCAGAGAACCCUUUCUCUUUGGAAGCUCUACUAGAUUCUCUCCGCAUACCUGCUUACUUCCACCUCAAUGCCCAAGCGUCUGACGACGAUUUUGCUAGUGCUUUCAAAGCUCAGGCUGAAUUAGCCCUUGCUGCUCUCAGGCAAUUAGUUAGACGAGAAGAGCAACUAAGCGAUGAGUUAAUUGGGGACUGCUUGUGGACUUGUAUUUUGUAUCUGGGAGAAGAGCCUUGGUCGAACGCGUCUUUGAAAGAGCUAGCUCAUGGCGUGAUCACUAGUUUACAUGAAGCACAACCAAGGUUUCGCGAUGUAGAAACCCUGGUCGAGACGUUUGUUCUUAAUAUAAUGAACAAACAUAUAAAGCCAGCAUUUAUGCGCUAUUCGUCCGAGAUAAAUGUUGGAAAUGGGAAAUUAAAGACAUCCAUAAGAACAACCACGAGACCAUCCAUGGCGCGCAAAUACGAGUUGCCUGCUGACGAUACUUCUUGGAGAGUUGAUAUUGAGCCUGCUGCACGUGUGAUAGAGUGGAUGGUGUGUCGAAUGAGGCCCCCAGCAAUCAACAAUAUGAUACAGUUUCUUAUUCCACCAACGUUAACAUUACUCGACAACUUUGAUGUCACACUAAAGACUCGUGGGAUAACAAUAUUGGAUCAGAUUCUGCGGAAAGUAAACCCGACAAUAAUCCAAAGAACAGGACUGGGAAACGUUUUUUACGAGGCCAUAUCAGCAUGCUUGAUGUAUCAGAGUGAGGUAUCCCACGCACAGUUUCUGCGUACAAGCUAUUCCGCCAUGCUCAACCUUGUCUCGGUAGCCGAGUCCAAGGGUUCAGAGGCAUGGUUUAGCAAGUAUGAGAAACUAUUGAGAUCGCAUGUGUUGAGAGGAUUAAUAAUGGUCGGAGAUAUCAUAGCUAUAAGACGGGUCUUGCUUGAGCAGAUUCCGGUUCUUGUCAAAUAUUUGGGCAUUGUGGCUGUGAAAUAUUUAAAGGAACUUGUGAAUGUACAAUGUGAGACAUUAGAGAUUCCUCUGGAUAUUCCUAGCAACGACGAAAUAGUUAAGAUGCAUCUUCAUGCAGCAGAGGGGCUCCAAACGACAAUCCGCAUAUGUUGGCCAAGGAUCCCUCCCUACGAAGGUAAGAUAUUGAAAGCAGUAGUGACAUCAUGGAAAGAGCUUUAUCAUUUCGAAGCAGAUAGAGAUGUGUCGAUAACAAUUGACGAUUUGAAGAGUAAGCUACGCAACAUUUGCAAGCUUUUGAAGUUAACGUGUACUGCUAGUACCACGAUUACAAAGGACUUUGACGCAUUGAGAAGGUUAGAUGAGAAUGUCUUUGGUCCCUUGCUGGAUGGAAUAUAA